CUAGUUCAACCCAUCCUGUGGCCAACACCUAAAACUCGCAGGUCAUGACGCCGCACGAGGUAACCAGGGCCCAGACUGCAUGUGAUUCAGAAGCACUUGGCUGGUCGAUAAAAUAACUGGCUCCGACCGCCUGUAUUUCGACGGCAACUCUUCAUCUACCGGCACGCAUAAAUACAAAUCACACAUUCGCCUUUCAGCCUCGGUUUCUUUGACAACAGCCCGAUCGCAAUUCCCAAGUCAUCGCCCAGCCAGCAAACCUAGCUCUCGGCCUUGGACCCUUCUGACGCAAGACAACCGCUUCGCCCACGAUGCUGGAAUACCUGAGCUACAAGAAGUUCAAGAAAUACAAGACAGAAAAGGAGGCAAAGCAGGCGGCGGAAGGGGAGCAGCAAUCGCAGGAGCAAAAUGGAUCAUCCUCGGCGCAUCUCAGACCCGACUCGCGGCCUUCGCCGUCGCGGCGCCAGACCAGCUCUCAAUCCGUCCUAACAACGGCGAGCGGAGCCACCGAAGGCGGUCCCACACCGCUUUUAGAUCGCAAGGACGAGGCCUUCUUCAGGCGCAUUCUCUCUGACCCGGACGAGGUUGACUCGGACGACGAGAGCGUUCGUCCGGCGCUGCCCCCGCGCAGCAAGACCCCGGAGUACACGUGGGACUCUGACGAAUCCCGCCGCGCGGCCCCGCACCGGGGCCAGCAGCAGACCCCCGUCAAGGCGGCGACGGUCGCCGUCGCCGAGAAGCCUGAGGGCUCAGGGCCCUCCAGGAUCCCCGGCAAGAUCGCCUUCCUGUUCAACAAGGCCAAGGGCGGCGACAAGGACAAGCAGCUCGAGCCGAUCAAGCCCGUGAAGCCUGAGGAGGCGGCGCGCGAGCAGGACGACCUGUCGCGCGUACUCGACGACCUGAACCUCUCGGCGCGCAACAACAAGGCCAUCCCCCUAUCGGCCGAGUCAUCUGAGCUCGUCGGCAAGUUCACCCUCGUCCUCAAGGACCUCGUCAACGGCGUGCCCACGGCCGUCGACGACCUCCGCAACCUCGUCGAAGACCGCGACGGCACCCUCAAGAAGUCGUUCGACAAGCUCCCCAGCAGCAUGCAGAAGCUCGUCACCAGCCUCCCCGACAAGUUCACCGCCAGCCUGGGGCCCGAGGUCCUCGCCGCCGCCGCCAAGAGCCAGGGCAUCAACGCCGCCGAGGUGUCGGCCAGCGAGGGCAUCAAGGGCGCCGCCAAGAAGAUGUUCACCCCCACCAGCUUCGCCGACUUGGUCUCCAAGCCCGGCGCCGUCGUCGGCAUGCUCAAGGCCAUUGUCAACGCCCUCAAGCUGCGGUGGCCGGCCUUCAUCGGCACCAACGUCAUCUGGAGCGUGGCUCUCUUCCUGCUCCUAUUUGUGCUCUGGUACUGCCACAAGCGCGGUCGUGAAGAGCGUAUCAAGCGCGAGAACGUGCCCGAGGUCGUCGAUGGCAGCGGCCGCAUCGAGGAGCUCCCCGACGACCCCGCCCUCCCGGCGCCCCCGCGCUCGCGCACCGAGCCGGCCCGCGCGGACCAGGACCGCCCGAGGAGCCAGAGAAGCGAGCGCAGUCGGCGCAGCGGCAGGCACAGCUCGGGGAGGACGACGCCCCAACGCCGGGCCUCGCCGCCUCCUGACUCUCCCCGGAGAAGGGCGACGAGGAAGUGACGCGGGAAGGGUUUUGGUUUGCCUUACAACGCGUGCCCCCCGUGGGCUCGCACGUCUUCUUUUUCUUCUCUUUAAUGACUGGACUGUCACAUCCUGGAUGUUUUCUAGCGUUUUGCCACGAAUGAAUGCAACGAUGUAUGAACGAACGAGCUAGACACACGAGGCGACUGCCUGGUAAGACGGGGUUUUGCAAUGAUUUCAUGUCCUCAUUUGAUGCCUGUCUACCUAGCCUCGGCUUUCCUGUAUGCGAGCGAUUUCUCGAAAAGGAGGAAAAAAAUAUCAGAGCCCUCCCCACCCCCUAUAUUGGUGGCAUUCUCCGAUGCCUUUUACACAAUAGUCUAAUAUACAGCCGUGGAUCCGCAAUGCAAAGAACUUGUAGUGAAAAAAAGAAAAGAAAAAGAAAGAAAAAAAAAUUCGGGUAUCUCCGAAGCAAAGUACGCUUUUGUGUCGCUCUACCGUCCAAC